AUGUCAUUUUUUUACAAAUUGUCAGUCAAAAAGUAUAAAAUUGAAAAAAAUAGAAAAGUACAAUUAGUUGUGAAAACUAUUUGAAGGAAAUACGUAAAACAAAUAUUCAUCAGAAUAUUUCAAUUAGUUAUUUAAUCAAUUAAGUAAAUUAUUGUUAUAAAAAUGUUGUCACGAGUAAUUCGUCGCUCGCUUCCGUCAUCUAUUCAAAUACGGCGAACGGCGGGAACUACAAAUCUGAGAAAAUAUUUAACAACCUUUCAUGUCCGUCAUGCUCCUCCAGUAACCCACAUUCCUAUUAUCAAUAAUUCGGUUCGAUCAAAUUCGGUACAAGUAAAUCUCGACGAUUCGACAGCUGACUAUGAUUAUGUAAAGAAUGCCACUAGAAAUACUGGUAUUUUAAUUGUUGAUGUUCGAGAGCCAGAUGAAGUUAAGGAGCAUGGCAAGAUACCCAAUAGUGUAAACAUCCCAUUGGGCAAUGUAUCAGACGUGUUGGGAACAAUGUCUGAGAAAGAUUUCCAGGACACAUACCAAAGGGCCAAGCCUGCUGAGAAUACAGAGAUCAUAUUCUAUUGCAUGAUUGGCAAGAGGUCUGCUAAGGCACAACAGAAUGCUAUCAAUUUGGGAUAUAAAAACACAAAGAAUUAUCUUGGCAGUUGGAAUGACUGGGCAAGCAAAACGCAAUAAAUUCGUAUUUUUAUCUACAAUGAUCGGAAUGUCCUUGCAUCUGUCUGCACAAACCAUUGUCUUAGUAAAAUAUAUGAUGUUUUGUAGUUGUCUUGUUAAUAAAUAAUUCUCAUUUAU